GAAAGCAGAGAGUACAGAGACACACAGCAGAUCGAGAGUGAUGUGAUGAUGAGAGCUAUGGAGCUUCGUUGAGAGAAAAAUCACCGGAAAAAAAAUCGUCUCUUCAAAAUUUUCACUCAUCGGAAAUUGAAUCCUCUCUGCGUAAUCUGACAUCUCUGACGUCUGUGUAUUCCAAACCACUCGUAUAUUUCCACAUUUCUUCUUCACGGAAUUAGGAGCUCGAUCGGUUGUGGUUAAUUUAAAAGAUUUUAAACACAGAGCAUAAAGAUAAAAGAAAGUAAAAGACAGGAAUGCCCCCACCAUCAACGAGCACUGAUCUCCUAUUAAUACUUGUAUAUCCCUCCCAUCUACGGCAAAAACAACCGGUCUAUCCAUCUUUGAAGCUAUAGGCUUAGAAGACAAUAUUUAGAGGAGGGCUCUCUACGAGAGUAUCUCAGCUCCCAGGGGAAAAAACAGAGAGUAUUUUGAAACCAAAUCAUAUAUAGCUGCAGGUCAAUUCUCCGAAUUAACACACUAGUGAUCGAUCAUUAAUUGUUAUUACAAUCUUGACCAGGCCACCACCAUCAGCAUCGAUCGAUCGAUCAUGUGUAAUCCAAACCCUUCUGUUAAUUCCACCAAGACCCAGAAAGCAGCCGAGCAGGUGCAUCAACAGCCACAGCAAGGUCAUCUCUUUCUCGACCUCUUCUUCUUGUCAGAUGAGCCGCCAAAGCUAGUAGUAAAGCAACUACAACAGGCACCAUCGUCGUCGACAAGGAGCAGGAGCAGCCCCCCAAUUUGCAUCACAGACGUAGUCAAAGAGACCAAGUCCCUGUUCAAACUGGCCUUCCCCAUACUCAUCACAGCUCUCAUUCUCUACUCCCGCUCAGCCCUGUCCAUGCUGUUCCUCGGCCGCCUGGGCGACUUAGAACUCGCCUCGGGGUCACUAGCCAUAGCCUUUGCCAACAUCACAGGCUACUCCGUGCUCUCCGGCCUAGCCUUGGGUAUGGAGCCGCUGUGUUCCCAAGCCUUCGGAGCACAACGUCCCAAGCUUCUGUCAGUCACUCUCCACCGCGCUGUAAUCUUCCUCGUAGUUUGUUCACUCCCCAUUUCGCUGCUGUGGUACAAUAUCUCGACCAUUCUUUUGUAUCUUCGCCAGGACCCCAACAUCACUAACAUGGCUCACACCUAUCUCAUGUUCUCCCUCCCUGACCUUUUCACCAACUCCCUCAUUCACCCAAUCCGCAUUUACCUUCGCGCCCAGGGCAUCACCCACCCCCUCACCCUCGCCUCCCUCGCCGGAGCCGUCUUCCAUUUCCCCAUGAAUCUCCUGCUCGUCACCAGGCUCCGCCUCGGCGUCGCCGGCGUCGCGGCCGCCUCCGCCGCCUCCAACUUCUUCGUGCUGCUCUGCCUAGUUGCAUACGUCUGGGCGACCAGGCUGCACGUGCCCACGUGGACGGCGCCGAGCCGGGAGUGCUUGACCGGCUGGAAGCCGCUGCUCCGGCUGGCCGCGCCCAGCUGCGUGUCCGUUUGCUUGGAAUGGUGGUGGUACGAGAUCAUGAUCGUCUUGUGUGGCCUCCUGGUGGACCCCAAAGCAACCGUCGCCUCGAUGGGAGUGCUUAUCCAAACGACGUCGUUGAUCUACGUGUUCCCGUCGUCUCUCGGGUUCGCCGUGUCCACCCGGGUCGGCAACGAGCUCGGGGCCAACCGGCCCAACCGGGCCAGGCUAUCCGCUGUGGUCGCCAUUCUCCUGGCCUUCCUCAUGGGCCUAUCCGCCACGACCUUCGCGUCCGGGAUGAGAUCAGGGCUGUGGGGCCGGAUGUUCACCCACGACGCGGAGAUCAUACGGCUGACGUCUGCUGCGCUUCCAAUCCUAGGGCUGUGCGAGCUCGGCAACUGCCCGCAGACGGUCGCGUGUGGUGUACUCAGGGGCAGCGCGCGUCCGACUACCGCAGCCAACGUGAACCUCAGCGCGUUCUAUCUGGUGGGGAUGCCCGUGGCGGUUGGGCUCGGGUUCUGGGUCGGAGUCGGGUUCAAUGGACUCUGGAUCGGGUUGCUGUCGGCCCAGAUUUGUUGUGCCGGGCUGAUGUUGUAUGUUGUUGGGACCACGGACUGGGAUUUCCAGGCGAAAAGGGCCCAGGGGCUAUCGUGCGCCGGGUGCGAUGUGAUACUACCUCCUCCUCCUCCUCCAACUUCAACUUCAACUUCAACUUCAACUUCAACCAGUAGCGAUCCUCCUUCAACAACGAGUAGCGAUUCCAAAGGUGAAGAAGAGGAGCCAUUGAUUAUAAUUACAGUGCCUUCUUCUUCUUCUUCUUCCCGAUAAUCCACAAAUAUCAAGAUGUAAUUUUGGCCACUUGCUAUUUUUAUAUAAAUUAUUUCUCCA